AUUAAAGCUAAGCAGCUCCAUUUCGCAGCACCACCUGAUCUUCCACUGCCUGUGCCCCAUAUAAAGGCUGGCGUGAUUGCUGAUCUCAGCUAGUCUGACAGUCUCUCUCUCUCUCUCUCUCUCCCUCCUCUCUCUGUCUGUCUCCAUCUCUUCUCUUCCUCACUGGUCCCUUAAGCCUGCUGCAUCACAGGAGCUAUCCAGUGCUGAACAGGAUCGCUUUUAUUUUUUAUUUUUUUAUUUUUCUGGGGGAAGCUGGGGGAGCCAGAGAGUAUCACACAGCAUUGCCGUCAGCCUUGUUCUCCACUGGUUUCCAUGUUCUUUCUUAUCUUAUGUUUUUGGCCGCUGUCUCCAUAUUAACCACAAGGAUUACCGUCAAGCCAGCUCUGCUUGUGUGCUUCCUCAGAGGGUCUUUUAUUUUCGCUCAUGCGUUUUUCUGAGCUCUGUGUUUUUAUCCAUUGAAACAUGCCCCGCUCAUUUUUGGUGAAGAAGAUCAAGCUUGAUGAUUUCUCUUCGUCCAAUGUGGCCACCUCCAACCAUCAUCACCACCUGGACGACUCGUUCACUUUUGCACGCUCCAUCACAGACUCGGUGACCAGCCUUGGGGUUCGUCUCAGUGAGAAUGGAUACAUCCAGGAUUACAUCACACCAUCUGUAUACCAGGGGGAGAAGAAGAUGGAGCACAAGCUGGCUUCACCGGUGUCAGACCCCCUGUACACCCAGGUGAGCGGCGGAGAGGAGUACUGUGACCCCGACCUGAAGCACCCCGACAGCCCCCAGUCUGGCAUGACAGCCAGCGGCUUCUACAGUGGUGAAUCGGAGGCCCUGGCCGAGGGUUACACCAUGGAUGCCUUCUUCAUCUCUGACGGGCGCUCGAGGCGGAAGGGGGACGGCGAGAGUCGCGGAGAAGGCUCGAGGAGCAGCAGUGCCAACGGCGGGGCGCAGGAGAGAGGAGUCGGCACGGCUCGCCACACCUGCAACGAGUGCGGCAAGACGUACGCCACCUCCUCCAACCUCAGCAGACACAAGCAGACGCACCGCAGCCUGGACAGCAAGAUGGCCCGCAAGUGUCCCACCUGUGCUAAAGUGUACGUGUCCAUGCCGGCGUUGGCCAUGCACAUCCUCACCCAUGACCUCAAGCACAAGUGCGAUGUGUGCAGCAAGGCCUUCAGCCGGCCGUGGCUGCUUCAAGGUCACAUGCGCUCACACACGGGGGAGAAGCCCUUUGCCUGCGCCCAUUGUGGCAAAGCCUUUGCUGACCGUUCAAACCUCCGCGCCCACAUGCAAACACACUCUGCCUUCAAGCACUACAGAUGCAAGCGCUGCAAUAAGACCUUCGCUCUCAAGUCCUACCUGAACAAGCACUAUGAGUCAGCUUGCUUCAAGGGCUCUGCAGACGAAGACGACUCUGGAUCAGAAGACUAACCACAAGGAAGAAGCAAAAUUUUGAACCCCUGUUGUAGGUUCACAACCAAUAACCCUGCUCACUCUACCCUCCAUGCCUUUUUUCUUCCCUUUUUUUAGAAAGCAAUAUUUUCACUGAGAUUACGUGAAGAAACUCUAAUGAUUAUGGCAAAGACAAUUUCAAAAGAUGCUGGAUUUUUUCCCUGCACAGUAGCUAAUCGUCCACAGAAACAUACAAUCAAACAACCUUCCCCCAAAUAGAGACUGUAGAUGAUAGUUGUACACAAUUCAGCAACAUGUGCUCGCACGGAUGUGGGAACAUGUGAACGCAUAUGAACACACAGACACGCUUGCACAUAUACACACACACACACACACACACACACACACUCACACACAAACACGCUCAUGUACACACAUACACAAUUAUAUAUGAGGCCUGGCAUGUGAAUUUUUAUCAAUGACUAUAAUGAUAUUGAUAUCAAUAGUAAUAAUAUUUAGAUUCCUGAUAUUUUAUAGGAAAUAGUAAUGAGAAAAUGAAAAAAAAACAUAAAAAAGGACUAACAGUGUUCUUUUGUUUUUUUAGAGACAAAAUGACCUCUUGUAUUUUUAUGCUGCUUUUUAUUUGCUAAGAAUUGAAUUCUUUUGCAACUGCCAACAUGAACUUUUUAUGAAAAUGUGAACUAUGACAGUAUUUGCAAAAAAAGGGAGAUCAUUUUCAAAAGGUAAAAAGACAACCCCCUUUUUUCCACACCAAUGUUUCAAUUCAACGGAUGUUAUUUUUCUAUUUGAUUUUUCUAAAUUUAUUUUUUUGUGCUUCUUAUCCCUUGUUGAUGGAACGCAUCUUUGUAACUGUGGGUAAACUCAUUUAAAUAAGCUAUACAAGAUCAUAGGUCAUCCAAUUCAAACCUGCAAGAGCAGUGAUUUUUAAAACGCUGGCCUGUUGAACAGGUUAUCACACUCUCCGUCUGAUCAAAUUCAUAGUCUCACCCUGACGUGUACGGACUCGGACAAAAACACUGAGAGCCACACCAAAUGAUCUAUCGUUAUAAGUGCCAUGCGCGGUCGUCUAUAGCAAUGAAAACUCUCGUUGUUCUUCCUCCACCAUGGUGGCUUGCAUAAACUCUGCUGCCUUUAUGGUGCAUCGUCCAGUCUUAAUGAGCAAUCUUCACCCAGUGUUUGAGGUGCUCCCCUCCCCUCCCCCCCCGCCCGGCGCCAGUGUUACCUCAGGGUGAAGGAAUGGACUCAACACACCCUCAGUUACAAAGUGACAGUCAGAUUAUUCUGUUCGUCUGUUUUAUACGUCGCUAAAAGCUCCGCCCACGGUUUUAGAUGCAUACCAUCUAUUUAUCAUGUAAAUACUUUAUUUAUCUACCUAUUUAUUUAUUUAUUGGUUGAUUUACCUUAUUUUGUGUAUUUAUUGAAGACUCGCUUAUUUAUCAUGUAUUUAUUUAUUGUUUAUAAUUUAAAAAAUGAACAUCCAUUGACCUUGUAAGAUGCUGCUGAUCUUCAAAGAAAAUGUUUAUAUGCAUGAAAACUGUAGAGAGUCCACGGGACUUAGUUUUUUAAAGAGGAACAAUGUACAGUACCAGUGCUAGAACGACUUCCAACGAAUGAAUGCAGAAUUAUUAUUAUUAUUAUUUUCUUUUUUUUCGUGGCAAUAACUUUAAUGACACAGCAAUUGACAUGUAUAACAAUCACAGCUGUCUUGUUUGCAGUCGACUUAGGGCAAUAAAAAGAAACAAUGAAAACAAAAUGCUAAAAAAAAAAAAGAAAAUCUUCAUCUUGCUGUUUAUCUAAAGUCUGCAGCCUCCGUGUGACCUAAGAGUUUGGGCCCUUUUUUGUCUUUAAAUCUCAGGCAAUGAAUAGCUCUCAGAGAUGGCUGAGGUGGGCAAAGAUGUCGGCCAUAAAACCCUUAAAGUAACAGAGUGGAAUAAUAGGUGUGAUGUGGUUACACCAAGCUUGUUAGGGUGCGAAAGCAAUAACGAUGGUGAUGAGUUAACAACGAGCCCAAAACUGCUUAAGUGCUAAUUUAACCAGGUAAGGAGAUAUCUAGUGGUGGCCGAAAAAUCUCAUUUAACUCCCAUUUUCCACUGCUACCGAACGUGUGUGCGCAGUUUAAACAUCUCUCUGAGACGCCUGUGUGUCAUAACCAGCACCAACGGGAGUGACCCUGACGUGGCCCCGCAUUGGCGGAGAAAGUUUCCGAGGCUGCUGUGAUAAAACAACGCGGCGUAACGCAACUCCCACAUAAUUCGUCCCUCCCCUCCCCACCAGCCGUCCUCAUCCUGUCCCAACUGCCUCUAAACAGACGCAGCGAGGAUGAGAUGUGCUGAAGUGGGAUUGGCGGAGGGUGGCGGAGUGUGGGAGGAUAACAGGUGUUUGCAGACAGACUGCAGAUAGGGAGCGUAAUUGAGUCGGUGAGCGACCUCCAAGGGGAAGGUCAGGCACCAGCAGGCAAAUGCACUGUCAGCUAUUUGCAUAUUCCAAAUGGACGACGCGAUCGCAGUAAUGCUGAGCUCAAACUAAAAAACAAAACAAAAAACAAAAUACAAAACAACAAAUCAAAAAGAAAAAAAAAACACAAAACAGGAGGAGAAAGGCGAGUAAAGAGGAGCUUCUGCUCUGUUCAUCCAUCCUCCCCUCCCCGUCUCCAUCAUCCUGUCAAUGGCCGCCUAAGUGCUACAGCUGAAUCACUGCAUGAUAGCAUCCAAACCACCUGUCUCCUGAUUAACUUGCAGAACACGACGCUGUAUGAUCAAACUAAUGCAGGAAUCAUUGCGUCCAGCAGAUUUCCUUUUUCUGCACCUUUUAUGUUUUACUGUGGGAGCCGGAUUUAAUGUAUCUUCAGAACCCGGGGAAUGUGUUUUAAUAAGCCAGAUAAAAGCACUGAGAUCAUUAAAAACAUCAAUUGGAAAAUGUACUGUAUCUGUAGGCUCGCAGCGAAAACUGGCAGUGUUACAAACCUCAGAGAAAACACUAAUUGCAGACAGAAAGGAGGCACAAUUUGAUCCCAAACGACUGGAUUUAGACGUAGGGAAACAUUGUUCCUCUUUGAUAAUUUUGUAAAUAUACUUGUAAAUAUAUCACAGCAAUAAUAUGACAAUGCAUGUAGACAUUUAAUUGCUCUUUUUUCUAUUCAUGUUGUCUUUUUUUAUGAAAAAGAGAAGACAAAUACAGGUACCAAUUGCAGUCUGGGUGGCCACGCGAAUCAGGGAGUGUCUUGAUUAAAAAGCUAUCUGUUGUAAGUCACAAACAAAACCUUCAAACUCUGUGUAUUCUCAAAGAUUUGAUCAUGUUAUGUAUGAUUUUUUUUUCGGGUUUCUUUUUGUUCUUGUUUUCUUUUAUUUAUGUGCCCGGCUUGGCUGCGCAAUGAAAAAGUGCCAAAAAGUAUGAUUUCCAUGACAAAAGCCUUCAACAUAUGGUUGGCUGCUUGAAACCUUCCAUAUGGUCCUCAAAGAAAAAAAACACUGAUUAAGAUUUUCCACUUUCUUUCUCAUUCUCUCUCUCUUCCUCUCUCUCUCUCUCUCUCUCUCUCUCUCUGUUCCAGCUGAGUAUGAAGAAACUUAAGCCAUGAUUGCUGAGGGGUGUUUUGAUUUAUCUUGUUCUGCUACAAUUAAUAAUGAUGACAACAAUAGCAAUGAUAACGUUAAUAAAAACAAUAGCACAAGGAA